UAACUUCUCCUACAAACAGGAAGUAUGGCGGAAGGUGGACAAAAUCCGGACAGAGAUAAUCCGUUUUCCUUCAAAAGCUUCGUAACAAAGAAAGAUAAAAAGUUGACAGGGGAUGGCAAAGAAUCUGCUGAUGAUGACCUUGAUAUAUUGGACAUGCCAGAUGUCAGUAGCCAACGUAAACGCGAUAAACCGAAGCAAAUCGUUGUUGUUGACGAAGAAGAACCAAAACAAUCACACAAGAAGAAAGGGAAAUCUGAAAAUCCAUUUUCUUUCAAAAAGUUUCUGUCUGGAUCUAGCGGGAAAAGUAGCGAAAGGAUCGGUUCUUCACAGCAGCCCUCCGUUCAGAGAAUCAGUGGUGACUUACACAGUAUGCCAAAUUUACACGUUGCUGGGGACCUUCCAGACUUUGUACAGGAUCACUACUCGGAUAAUAUCGGAACAUCACCAAGAGGUUUGGAGCUGCCAGAUUUCACCCUGAGAGGUAUCAGAGACAAUGGUCCCGACAUUGGUGAUACAAAUUUUCCAAAUACAGACUAUUCAAAUUCAGUAACAAAUGAUAAUCUGGAACUCAGACACAAUGAACAUAAUUCUGGUGCUAAUGAUCAAAGUGAUUUUGAUGAGAAUUCCGACGUAGAAGAUAAUGUUCCACAACAGGGUAGCUUAGUUAAUAGUUUGCCAGAUUUCUUAUCGGACGCUGCAGUUAGCUCAAAUAAAAGCUCAGACAAUGUUACAAACAGUAUUCCAGGAGAUUUAAGACUUUCAAGUGAUCAGUUAAAUGACCACUUAGAACUUCAGAGGUUACAUGAGGAAAACUUGCAAUUAAAAAGGCAGCUUGAAGAAUUUAGAACAAAGAAGUUACAAGAUGCAGAAAGAAUUUCUGAGCUUCAGCGUCAGAUGGUUGAACAAAAGAAGAAAGAAGUAGAAGAGACGACAGCAAUGGAACAAGCAAUGGAACAGGUGGAACAGAAUCUGUCCACAACAACGAAACGAGCUGUGCUUGCGGAAUCAUCGGUGACAAAGUUAAAACAAGAGGUUAAAGUGCUGCACACAGAGAUUAAAGUGCUACGUGGAGAGAAUGGUAUGUUAUCUGGAGACCAGUAUCUCAGUGACAUCAAGGAAAGGACAAGUUAUGUUGCAGAGCAACUGUCGUCUGCUACAAAAACUGCUGAAACAUCUCUAAAGCAACUUCUGUCUGGUGUAGAUAAUCUGAAGUUACUAUCCCAGGUGCUCACUUCCAUAGACAAGAUUUCAGAAGAGACGACGUCGAGUACAAACAAAAAUACACAUGACAGUUCCUGACACACACACAAAAAUGAAUGCAUGUUUUUGUUGUUUAUUAUAUGUAUUUUCCUGUAUAUAUUAUGCUAAUACAAAAUGGAAACCAAAUGAGCACUGCUGUGCAGAGACCAACGUUAGGGCUUUGCGACCAGCAAGGAUUCUGAGCAGUGUACAUUCUUACCAUUCAUUUAUCCACACCUCUGUACCGUUUGUUCAUCAGUUUCAGCACUUGUAUGCAACUGAAAACAAAUAGUG